CAAAGACGUACCGCGCUAACCAGUCGAGUUUUGAGGUACAAAGGACGCCAGACGACCGAAUCGCCCGGGAUGUGUACCAAAUGGAAAGCCCAGAAAGCUGGAGCCGUGCGUGCUUGUGCUGCGCCCACUUCCAUUUGCAACACCAGACAGACAGAGCUGGUGGUUCCAGUUCUCUUUACACAUAACGCCCGGGCCCCUCUUACAUAGACUUACUUGGUUUGGCCGCCCUCCCCAGCGCCUUAGACAGAUUGUGUCUUGUUGCUGCUCUCUGGUAGAGGGCCCUGAGACCAACCCAGGCCUCUCUGUACCACCUAACACUCCCACUUCAUCUUUUUUUUGCUACUGAAAUCCGGUUUCCCGGCAGCAGCCCCGGCGCCCUUUCUGCGUGCGCAGUUCCUCGAGGUGACUUAAUCCGCCAUCGCCGGCCUGUGCCUUCCUCACAACUCGACCCUUCCAAGAUGGACGACAAUCAGAACCUCGAGGCCGCGUCACCUAAUGCCAUGGCGAUAGAUGCGCCCCAGGAUCACUCCAAUGGAGCCGAAUCCGACGGCGUCGUCGUUCCCACCCCCGAAGAGCCAAUGGAGAGUGACACCCUUCUCGCAAGCGACUAUGAGGCCAUGAAAGAGCAUGUGCUUCAGCCGCUGAUAGAAGAGCCCAAGAUCCUCGAGGAUCAGGUCCACACAUGGUCGGUUGAGGGAUGGCGGACGUUGAAAAAGAAGGAGCAUGGCCCUAUCUUCCACGCGGGCGGCUACCCAUGGCGGAUCCUACUCUUCCCGUUCGGCAACAAUGUCCUCGAUCAGUGCUCCAUCUACCUCGAACAUGGCUUCGACGCCAACAAUGUCCCCGAAGACUGGAGCUGCUGCGUACAGUUCGCGCUCGUCCUGUGGAAUAAGAACAACCCCAGCAUCUUCUACCAGCAUUCCGCCCACCACCGGUUCACAAAGGAGGAGAGCGACUGGGGUUUCACCCGAUUUCUUGAGACGCGCAAGAUGUUUAACACGGUGUGGGAACAUGGGGACCGGCCGCUGGUGGAGAACGACUGCGCCAACAUCAGCGCAUAUGUUCGGGUCGUCGAGGACGAGACUGGCGUGCUGUGGCACAACUUCAACAACUACGAUUCCAAAAAGGAGACGGGCUACGUUGGUCUCAAGAAUCAAGGCGCCACUUGCUACCUCAACUCGCUCCUCCAGUCAUUAUACUUCACAAAUGCCUUCCGCAAGGCCAUUUACAGUAUUCCCACGGAACACGACGAAAACAUGAGCAACAGUGCUUACACGUUGCAAAGGCUGUUCUACCAAUUGCAGACCUCCAACACGGCCGUGGGCACAGCCGAGCUCACGAAGUCCUUCGGCUGGGAGACGCGCCACAUUUUCGAGCAGCAGGACGUGCAGGAACUCUCACGAAAACUCAUCGACCGCAUGGAGAAGAAAAUGAAGGGCACUGCGUUCGAGAAGGCGUUGCCACAAAUGUUCAGCGGCAAGAUCAAGACGUACAUCUCUUGCAUCAACGUCCCGUACGAGUCGAGCCGGAUCGAAGAUUUCUGGGACGUCCAACUGAAUGUUAAUGGGAACGAGAAUCUGCUGGACAGUUUCCGGGACUACAUCCAGGUGGAGAAGCUCGAUGGUGAGAAUCAAUACUUUGCUGGCGACGAGUACAAGUUGCAAGACGCCAACAAGGGCGUCAUUUUUCAGAGCUUCCCGGACGUCCUGCACCUGCAGCUGAAGCGAUUCGAGUACGACAUACAACGCGACGCCAUGAUGAAGAUCAACGACAGGCACGAGUUUCCAGAGGAGUUUGACGCCUCGCCUUACCUGGACAAGGAUGCUGACAGAUCGGAGCCGUGGGAAUACCAGCUGCACGGCGUCCUGGUACAUAGCGGCGACCUCAAUGCGGGCCAUUACUACGCCUUUAUAAAGCCCAACAAGGACGGCUGGUGGUACAAGUAUGACGAUGACAAAGUCACCAAGGCCACCAAGCGAGAAGUUCUGGAGGAAAACUUUGGCGGUCCUUUCAAGCUGCCCAAUGGCCAGCUGCGGCCUCUUGGUAACAAGAAGGGGCCGCUGAUGAGGCCCAACAGCGCGUAUAUGCUGGUGUACAUCCGCAAGUCGAGGCUCGACAAGAUUCUUUGUCCAGUCACAGAGGAAGACACUCCUGCGCAUCUCCGGAGGCGAUUUGAGGAAGAGUACGCCGCUCGAGAGGCUCGACGCAAGGAGAGGGAAGAGCAGCAUCUCUAUCUGGGAGUGAAAGCCAUCACAGAAGCGACUUUCCAGCAACACGGCAGUACCGACCUUGCCGACUUCGAUGCGACGCCCGAUCAGGAUCCGGCAGCGCCACGGUUCUACCGCGUCCUCCGCACUGCCAAGAUGCAAGAAGUGGUCAACACAAUUGCGGCCGAUCUUGAGCAAGACCCCCGACGUGUCAGGCUUUGGCUCAUGGUCAACCGCCAGAACAAGACGAUCCGUCCGGAUCAACCAAUCAUGGACCUUCAGCCAACCGUGGAGAAAACGUACAACAAUGCUGCGGCGCACAGGGACCAUGUUCUCCGCGUGUGGGUUGAAGUUGCCGAGCAGGUCAAGGCCGAUGGCGCGCCUGUUUGGCCGACGUAUGGGGGACUAACGAACGGGGUCGUCAUCAAGAACGACCUUAUUCUUCUCUUCUUGAAGUGGUUUGACGCCGAGUCACAAGCGCUGAAGGGUGUCGGCCACGUUUAUAUCAGCAAAGAAAAGAAGGUGGAGGAGCUGGUCCCCAUCAUCAUGAAGAAGAUGGGUUGGGACAAGCUAUCAAGUGAUGAAAAGAUCCAGCUCUGGGAGGAGAUCAAACCCAACAUGAUUGAGACCCUAAAAGGGAAGCAGUCCCUCAAGGCGGCAGAACUCCAGGAUGGAGAUAUCGUUUGCUUCCAGCGGCUUCAUGAUCGCAAGUCGAGGUUGGGGUUGACGGAGAAGGGUGACAAGCAAUCCUCUGAGGAGGCCCAAUCCUUGGACCGAUGCGAAGACGCGAAGGAAUACUACGACUUCCUUCUCCAUAAGCGGCUGGUUAUGUUCCGCGCUCACCCUCAGAGAUGCGACGGCGACGAGUACCCGCCAUUUGAGAUGAUCCUGAACUCCAAGCUGAGCUACGACGGGCUAUCGCAGAAGAUUGGCGAGAAGCUCGGAGUUGAGCCGACGCAUCUGCGGUUCUACACCGUCAAUGCCAGUUCGAACAACCCGAGGGCAGCGGUCAAGCGGGGCCAGAACCAGACUCUUGCGACGAUUCUCAACCCGGCGGGCUAUGGCCAACUGAGCAUGAACCAGCGAAACGACGCGCUGUUCUUUGAGGUGCUCGACAUGAGCCUGGCCGAGCUGGAUACCAAGAAGAGCAUCAAGCUCAUUCUCCUCAGCGAGGGCAUCACGAAAGAGGAGCAGUACGAUGUCCUGGUCCCCAAGAACGGCCAAGUGGAGGAUCUUAUCGACUGCCUGAUCAAAAAGGCAAAGAUCCCCAGCGAGCAAGAGGCAGGUCGGAUGCGGAUCUACGAAAUCAGCAACCACAAGUUCUUCCGGGAGCUCGAGCGCAACUACCCCGUCAUCAGCAUUAACGAGUACACGACGGUGAUCGCCGAGCGGAUACCGCCCGAGGACGCCGAGGUGACUGACCCGACACACUUCAUCUCGGUGUUCCAGUUCCACGGCGAACCCAGCCGAGCGCACGGCAUCCCGUUCCGGUUUCUUCUGAAGGAAGGGGAGAAAUUCUCCGAGACCAAGAAGCGGCUCGAGAAGCGGACGGGGCUCAAGGGCAAGAGCUUUGAGAAGAUCAAGUUUGCCGUGGUCCGCAGGUCGCAAAUGUCAAAGCCGCACUACUUGACAGAUGACAAUAUUCUCUGGGACGUGGCGGGGAGCACAGACGAUAGCCUCGGCAUGGACCACCCUGACCGGACGAGAUCGGUGCGGAACGGCGCCGGAGAUCUUUUCCUCAAGGGCUAAAUUGGACGUGAACAUCCGCGAGAGUGUGUGUGCGUUGUUCUUUUGGAAGCAGGCAAGGAAUGAAGGAGGCAGGCAGACAAAGCAAUCAGCUCCCGCAUCGGUGUAUAUCGUUCAGUUAUGUCAUGGCGCCCCGGGCCACGGGUUGGUUGUUUAGCCAAAACUGGUUACUUAUACGGGACCCUUGGUAUACCGUUGUUUUGACAGUCUUCCGGUUUUAUUGAUUUCGUUUCGUGUUGUCAUCGUAUCAAUGUGUGGGAGGGAACAGGGGCGGAUGGUUGACGAGAUAAACUACACGAGGAUGGCAUUGGGUGGGACGAUGGAAAUUGGUGGUUGUAGGUACGAUUACUUAUCCUUUAUCAGGGAGAUCUUGGGAGAGUAAAUGGGACAGGGAAAUGGUUUGAGCAAGAUAGGUCCCCAUCACCUCAGUCUGGACCGACUCAGGGUACUCUGUGACCAAGUCAAAAACGAACCAGAUGACAAAUCCC